AAGAUACAGGACAUAAUUUGCUGUCAACCUCCAAGGCAGCAGAAGUGUCCCAUGAAGUGUGCAGUGUGUGGGCGCAUGCCCAGGUCUGUAUUUGCAUGUGUAGAAAGCAGUUGUGGCCCUAGUUGAAUUCAGGUCCUGAUUGUUUUUCCCUCAAGGUAAGUCAGCAGAACUUUUACAUGGUAGAGAAGAUAUGAAGUGAAGGAUGCCUGAAGGAGCUGGGGCUUGGAGGUGAUUCUGCCUAGUUUCCCUGAUCCUUACUGGGAAAAAAUGGUGUGGAGGUGAAGUUCCAAACUUAACACAAAGCAUGUUGAGAAAAGUGAGGCAAAUCUGUAAAGAUUCUUACUCGUUCCUCUGUUAGAUAUAAAACUAAGCCCAUUGACAUGUUUGGUAGAAAGUAGGCCUUCACCUAGCUUUUAAACAGACGAAGCACCCUGUCACAAAUAUACAGAAAUUUCAGCAGGUUUUUGGCACCAACAUAAUCAUCUUGUUCCAUUUUCUGUGGACUUGACCUUGUUCCGGUUCAGAAUCAGAAUGUGCCAACUAGGUGGCUUAAUUUUCUACCACAUUGUUCAGGGUUUUAGGCACUGCCAGUGAAUGCCUAUUGGAAGUAACGCUGUUAGAGCUUACCUGUUGUAACUGUCAACUGGGUUUCCUGGCCACUCUUGGCUAUUGUAAGAUGGAACAUGGUAGUGUAAUCCACUGGGUGAAAAGAGAAGAUCUGCUCACUUGCAUGCUGUUGAUGUACUCUUGGUGAACUAGUCACCUGCUAAUAACUUAGUUACGAGUUCUUGUUCAUCUAGGAAGUUAAGGCUUUAGCUUAAAACUUGUUACAUUUUAAAUGUAAUGGGUUCGUUAAUUUGAAGUACAAUUAAUUCUGUGAGAUUUAGUCGAAUAUAAUUUGUUUUCAUUCCACAAGUUUUUGACAUUCGUUAGUUAAAAAAGUGCAGAUGCCCCAUGAUUUUUUCUUUUUGAUAGCAUCAUAAACACUACACAUCAAUAUUCCAGUAAUAUCGUUCACACUUUUGUUGUUGUUGUUACUUUGCAUGUACCAUUAAGUAUUAAAAAAGGAUAAAAGUUCAUCUUCUGGAUUUAUGAGGCUAGAGUUCUUACUAUAUUAAGCACCCUUUUGGAGUUGAACUGGUAAAUUGAAAAUAGUCUUUUAUAAAGAUACUGUUAGCACAGUGUGAUGAGUGAAUUUUUUACAUCCAUCCAUCUAAUUAAAAACUUUGAAAAUAAUAUUUUGUUUACUGUUAGUGUAAUUGUAUAAUCAAUGUUGUAUAAUCAGCUAUGUGAGAUUCUUCAAAAUAUACAUAACACAAAUGUGAUAGUGAUAUCUAGACAGGAGCAAGAGACUCAGAAACAAUCAAGUCUGCCAGGCAGUUAGCUUUGGUAUUUUGGAGUUACAUUUGAAGGAAACAAUGUAUUCUCUUGGAUGGGUCCCUAGGAAAGUUACUACAGGCAUAUUGCUUGCAACAAUUUAAUUGCUAUUCUAAUUGAUCAUGAUGAUUUCUGCAAGUGGCAGCAAUGCACAGUUAACACAGGUGUUACUGUUUUGAAUGUGAGCACUUCACUCUCUUGGCACAUUGAGUUUCACUAUUGACAUGCUUUUGGGUGGAGCAUAGCAGCCAACUGGCAUAUGGCCCGUUUCCUUCCAGUGUGGGAAAGAAAGGAGGAAUUUUGGCAAGGAUACCCAGGGAGAGCCUUUUAUAAAAGUUCCAAAGGGAUUUAUAGUCACUGUAAAAUAGACAUGACCCCAUUUUUUUUUUUAAUCUCGUUUUGAAAUAGCACAGGGAAGGGGGAGCUACUGCUUUUCUUACUGGGUUUCAUUGCAUCUGCUAAAAUGCUUUUUUUCUUGCUGUCUUGGGGAAGGGCCCUCUCAGGCUGUCAUUCUGAUAAUAUGCAAAGAAAGGUCUGUGAACAAUUUGAUGUGCCUUGUUUUUCUAGGAAAAUGCAACAUGGCAGCAGCAAUGGAAACAGAACAGCUGGGUGUUGAGAUAUUUGAAACUGCAGAGUGUGAAGAGAAUAUUGAGUCACAGGAUCGGCCUAAAUUGGAGCCAUUUUAUGUUGAGCGGUAUUCCUGGAGUCAGCUUAAAAAGCUCCUUGCUGACACUAGAAAAUAUCAUGGCUACAUGAUGGCAAAGGCACCACACGAUUUUAUGUUUGUGAAGAGGAAUGACCCCGAUGGGCCUCACUCAGACAGAAUCUAUUACCUUGCCAUGUCUGGUGAGAACCGAGAAAACACCCUCUUUUAUUCCGAAAUUCCCAAAAGCGUCAACAGAGCUGCAGUCUCCAUGUUGUCCUGGAAGCCUCUUCUGGAUCUUUUCCAGGCAACAUUGGACUACGGAAUGUAUUCUCGAGAAGAGGAAUUAUUAAGAGAAAGAAAGCGCAUUGGGACAGUUGGAAUUGCUUCUUAUGACUACCACCAAGGAAGUGGAACCUUUCUGUUUCAAGCUGGUAGUGGAAUCUAUCAUGUGAAAGACGGAGGGCCACAGGGAUUUACUCAACAACCUUUACGGCCCAAUUUAGUGGAAACUAGUUGUCCCAACAUACGAAUGGAUCCCAAAUUGUGCCCUGCUGACCCAGACUGGAUUGCUUUUAUACAUAGCAAUGAUAUUUGGAUAUCUAACAUUGUAACCAGAGAAGAAAGAAGGCUUACCUACGUGCACAACGAGCUAGCCAACAUGGAGGAGGAUCCCAGAUCUGCUGGGGUUGCCACCUUUGUUCUUCAAGAGGAGUUUGAUAGAUACUCUGGCUACUGGUGGUGUCCAGAAGCUGAAGCAAGUAAGAAGGCUCCUAAUGGUGGUAAAAUUCUUAGAAUUUUGUAUGAAGAAAAUGACGAGUCCGAGGUGGAAAUUAUUCAUGUUACAUCUCCCCUGCUGGAAACAAGGAGGGCAGAUUCGUUCCGUUACCCUAAAACAGGCACAGCAAAUCCAAAAGUCACUUUCAAGAUGUCGGAAAUACUAAUUGAUGCUGAAGGAAGGAUUAUAGAUGUCAUAGAUAAGGAACUAAUUCAACCUUUUGAGAUUCUGUUUGAAGGAGUUGAAUAUAUUGCCAGAGCUGGAUGGACUCCAAACGGAAAAUAUGCUUGGUCCAUCCUACUAGAUCGCUCCCAAACUCGCCUACAAAUUGUGCUGAUCUCACCUGAGUUAUUUAUCCCAGUGGAAGAUGAUGUCAUGGAAAGGCAGAGACUCAUUGAAUCAGUGCCCGACUCUGUGACCCCGCUGAUCAUCUAUGAAGAAACGACAGACAUCUGGAUAAACAUCCAUGACAUCUUUCAUGUUUUUCCCCAAAGUCACGAAGACGAAAUUGAGUUUAUUUUUGCCUCUGAGUGCAAAACUGGUUUCCGUCAUUUAUAUAAAAUCACAUCCAUUUUAAAGGAGAGCAGAUAUAAACGAUCCAGUGGUGGCCUGCCUGCCCCAAGUGAUUUCAAGUGUCCUAUUAAAGAGGAGAUAGCAAUUACCAGUGGUGAAUGGGAAGUUCUUGGCCGGCAUGGAUCUAAUAUCCAGGUUGAUGAGGUCAGAAGGCUGGUCUACUUUGAAGGCACUAAAGACUCCCCUUUAGAACAUCACCUAUAUGUUGUCAGUUAUGUGAAUCCAGGCGAGGUGACCAGGCUGACCGACCGUGGCUACUCCCAUUCUUGCUGCAUCAGCCCGCAUUGUGACUUCUUUAUAAGUAAAUACAGUAACCAGAAGAAUCCACACUGUGUAUCCCUUUACAAGUUGUCAAGUCCUGAAGAUGACCCAGCUUGCAGGACAAAGGAAUUUUGGGCCACCAUUUUGGAUUCAGCAGGUCCACUUCCUGACUACACCCCUCCAGAAAUUUUCUCCUUUGAAAGCACGACUGGAUUUACAUUAUAUGGGAUGCUGUACAAGCCUCAUGAUCUGCAACCUGGGAAGAAAUAUCCCACGGUGUUGUUCAUCUAUGGUGGUCCUCAGGUGCAGUUGGUAAAUAACCGAUUCAAAGGCGUGAAGUACUUCCGCUUGAACACCCUAGCCUCUCUGGGUUAUGUGGUUGUAGUAAUAGACAACAGGGGAUCCUGUCACCGAGGGCUUAAAUUUGAAGGCGCCUUUAAAUACAAAAUGGGUCAAAUAGAAAUUGAUGACCAGGUGGAAGGGCUGCAAUACUUAGCCUCUCGGUAUGAUUUCAUUGACUUGGAUCGUGUGGGCAUCCACGGCUGGUCCUAUGGCGGAUAUCUCUCCCUGAUGGCAUUAAUGCAGAGGUCAGAUAUCUUCAGGGUUGCCAUAGCUGGGGCCCCAGUCACCCUGUGGAUCUUCUAUGAUACAGGAUACACAGAACGUUACAUGGGUCACCCUGACCAGAAUGAGCAGGGCUAUUAUUUAGGGUCUGUGGCCAUGCAAGCAGAAAAAUUUCCCUCUGAACCAAAUCGUUUACUGCUUUUACAUGGAUUCUUGGAUGAGAAUGUCCAUUUUGCACACACCAGUAUAUUACUGAGUUUCUUAGUGAGGGCAGGAAAGCCAUAUGAUUUACAGAUCUAUCCUCAGGAGAGACACAGCAUCCGAGUCCCUGAAUCUGGAGAGCAUUAUGAACUGCAUCUUUUGCACUACCUUCAGGAAAACCUCGGAUCACGCAUCGCUGCUCUCAAAGUGAUAUAGUUUUGCCCCAUGUAGAACUCUGACAUACACUGGCUGUUGAACCAAAUGAGGAGGCCUAAUCAAUAGAAAACACAGAAUUGAUCAUCGCAUUCUGGUAUCCACCGUGUAACACCUACUUCUGAAAGUAAAUUUGGUGCCACGCAGGUGUCUACAGCUUGUGGAUAAUAAUCUUAAUACCUUAACCAUACACACACAAAAUGGAGUGAUUCAUAUUUCUAAGGGAUACAGCAAUACCAUGAGAGCUAUGGAAAGGAACAAGACAUUAGCACCACGUAUCCAUACUACCCUGUUUUCACUUUCAGUAGCAUUAUAGACGUCACGGACUUGAUUAGUGUAUUUUUACAGUAUGCUUCUCAGUUUGUUAAAAUAUGAUGAUAUUAGUGAUUGGUUUGAUUCAGUUCCAGAGUAUCUGGACUAGUUACAGAUUCGAUAGCCCUUAAGUGUAACUGAAUAGCUUAUGCUUCAUUGCUUGGGGUAUAUCCAGCAUGGUAUGAACUAAUCACUAUUAAGCCUACGACUUGACCCGUCAUUAACAGUUCUUCAUGGAUAAUUUAGUGGCCUCCUAAAGACACUUAUUUUGGCCCUGACCGGUUUUUAGCCCAUUUAAAUUCUAUCUGGUAUAAAUAACUCUCAGUUUGCUUUGAAAUGACAGAGUGAGUUUUUCCUUUCACAUAAAGGCAAGUAACUAUAAAUGUAGCAUGGAUUUAAUUAGUCUUAUGAUACUGAUAAUUACAAAAAAUUUUUAAUCAAAUGAUUAGAGCUAAAAUAUUUGCAGGCAAGGUUUUUUUUUUUUCUUUACAAAAAGGAAAAGUACACAUUCACUUAUAUUUGGCAAUUUUAGUGGUGCCAGAUUCCAUGUGGUGUUUUCUUACUAAAAUGUUUCAGGGCGUAAGGGAGGUGGGAGAGAAUUGCAGAAAGGCUGAGGGGAGACCACGGUGUGGGGGAUGGCAGGAGAGGCAAGGGUCUACUUAACAAUGAAGCAGAAGUCAUUUGGACAGGAAUAACUCGUGUAAAGGCUUGGGAAAUGAAAUUUAAACUCCUAGCAUGGUAUAGAAAUCACUCUCUUGCCAACCCAGCUACAGACUGAUAUUGUUCGGGGGAAGAAAAGUUUUUUGGAAUUACUUUCAUAAUUACAUUUUUUAUUACUACAUUUCCUCUUCAUUUUAGAAAUCUUAUCCAUCUACACUUUAUCCUUCUUAAAAUAUUUGAACAUAAUUUACAUUUGGUGAGCCUGCACUAGGAGGCUUCCAGACAACUUCUUUAGCCUAAGUCAGUCUGACAAACCAUGGUUCUCUGUCACUGAUGGACGCCUGGGAGCACUCUCCUGGAGUGUCUGAGACAGUGAUUUGCCAGCGUGGGAACUUGGAAGCUUUCAGGUGCUGAUGACGUCUGCCCUCUGAGUUGAACCCUUUGUCAUAAACUUGAGUGUUACCAGUAUUCUUAUGCCACACUCAAGAAGUGCAGUCUCCUUCUCACCACUACAGCAAGGGUAGCUUUCUCCCCCCAGACCACAUGGUUGGGAGCAGUUGGUGCCCGGCUUGGAAUCCCUGGGAGCAGGUGGAGGUGGGGGAGGCCGGGGAAUGGCAGUGACUUGGAGGCUCUCUCCCUGGGAAGGGGCGGGGUUUUACUGUUUGUGUAUUUAUAUUGUAUAAUAGAUGCCACACUUUUCCUCAUUGUCUGUAUAUGUAUUGUUUUUUGUGUUUAUGAUAUUUUUCCAUACCAAGAUCUGUUUAUAUUUUUUCAAUGUUAAAUUAAAUUGACUUGAGUAAUUUUUCUUCCCCAAGAAAGUAUUUUCCCUCAUGACUUAAGCAUAUCUCUGACUGCUGAGGAUGGUUUUUGUAUGAGAGGUUUUUGUUUUGGUUUUUGGGACUAGGUGGCCUCCAAAGAUCUACCCUUACAUUACACACCAAUAGAAACGGUAGCCAGCAGCUUUGACACAGCUUUGCUGCCCUCUUAGCACUUGAGGCUCUUUCUUCGUGACAGCAUCUCCUACUGCCCGUUAUGAACCCAGAGCACUCAGGUACCCUUCAGCUCACAGGCAUCUUCUUUUGUGGCUUGGCUUCUCCCUCCCUCCUACGCACCAGGAGUGCUUCCCAAGGCUUCCCACUCCCUUACCUGCCAUCCUGCUGCUUUGCAGGGAAACACCAGCUGAAUCUGCCGGCUUCACUGAGUUUGCUUUCACAGCCACUGUGGAAACCACCAUCGUCAGUGGAAGCCAUCAGUAAAACUCUCAGAAAAACUGAUUGUGGAGAACAGCUGAAAAGAUUAGAGCUUAAGAGAGUAGGAACAGUGUGGGGAGAGCCAAAAGCAUCAGGCUAACCCGUCAAUCCGGGUUUUUGCAGGCUUAGUAAAUGAGUAGUACAUUUGUCGAGCCAUCAGUAGGUAAAGUUACUAGUGCAUUGUAGCAUGGUAGACCUCCCGAAUCUAAGCUUCCUCUGAGAUGCU